AUGUCCUCCCAAUCCCACCCCAGCACCCGCCCCAACACAGAGAAACACUCCGACCCUAACCCCAUCGCCUACGAAGCAGAGGUGUACCAGCGCGGAUUGCGGUACCAGCGACCUCCCUUUACGUUCAAGCCCCUGGAAUGGGAACACCUCGCCGCGGAGCGCAUGUCUGCCGACGCGCGGGGCUACGUGCUCGGGUGCGCGGGGACGGGGGAGACGGCGCGCAAGAACAGGGAGGCUUUUGGGAAAUGGUCUAUCGUGCCGCGGCGAUUAGGGCUAGGCCAAUCGUCCUCAUCGUCGUCGAAAAGCAGCGAUAAUAAUAGUAAAAGGAACAAGGGGAAAUCCCCAUUCCCGGACCUCUCCGUCAACGUGCUGGGUAGAUCCCUUCUGUACCCCAUCGCCUGCGCGCCCGUCGGCGUCCAGAAGAUCAUGAAUCCGGACGGGGAGCUGGCGGCUGCUAGAGCGGCGGCGCGGGAGGGCGUCCCGUUUAUACUGAGCACGGCGAGUAGCUCUAGUAUCGAGGACGUGGCGCGGGCGAGCGAUGAGGGGGCGGCAGAUGGGGAUGGGGGCACGGCGGAGAGGUGGUUCCAGUUGUAUUGGCCGGCGAGGGAACACGAUGAUAUCACCGUGUCGUUAUUGGAGCGAGCUAAAGGGGCGGGGUUUGGGGUGUUGGUGGUUACGCUGGAUACGUAUAUUUUGGGCUGGAGGCCGAGUGAUAUGGAUAAUGGAUACAAUCCCUUCCUCCGCUCCGACCAAGUCGGCAUCGCAAUCGGGCUCUCGGAUCCAGUCUUCCAGACACACUUCAAAGACAAACACGCCGGCGUCUCCGUCAACGACAACCUAGGUGCCGCCGCGGCAGAAUGGACGCGCACUAUUUUCCCCGGCACAAAGCAUACCCUCGCCGACGUAGCCUUCCUGCGCGAGCACUGGGCCGGCCCCAUCGUGCUCAAGGGCAUCCAGAGCGCGUCCGACGCGCGCGCAAUCACGGCCUCGGGGCUCGUCGACGGGCUUGUCGUGAGUAACCACGGAGGACGACAAGCAGACGGGGGCGUGAGCUCGCUAGGGGCAUUGAGGGGAGUCGUAGAAGCUGUCCACACCGUCACGGAAAGUAACAGCGGGGGCAGGAAGAGGAAAGUCCAGAUCCUCUUCGACUCCGGGAUCCGCAGCGGCGCCGACAUCGCCAAGGCGCUUGCUCUCGGCGCGGAUAUGUGUCUUGUCGGACGGCCGUACGUGUACGGGCUGGUGCUCGGGGGCGAGGAGGGCGUGGCGCAUGUGCUGCGCUGUUUGCUGGGGGAUCUGGAGCUUACGCUGCAUUUGUCGGGGAUAGGGUCUGUGGGGAAGGGGGAUUUGAAUGGGGGGGUGCUUGUUAGGGAGGGUGAGUUGUUUUAG